UGACCGUGAUGGCGGCGGACGCCGAGCACAUCGAGAUGGGCGCCGAACCGCUGCCCAGCGCCGACGAGGCCGCCGCGUUCGCAGAAGUCACCACAGUGACAGUGGCCAAUGUUGGUGCCUCUGCAGACAACGUGUUCACCACAUCCGUGGCAAAUGCAGCAUCCAUUUCGGGACACGUGCUGUCUGGAAGAACGGCCCUCCAAAUUGGGGACAGCUUGAAUACUGAGAAAGCCACUCUCAUAGUUGUUCACACAGACGGCAGCAUUGUGGAAACCACGGGGCUGAAGGGGCCAUCAGCACCCCUCACACCAGGGCCGCAAUCUCCUCCUACCCCUUUAGCAACUGUCCAAGAAAAAACUGGAACCAAGUAUAACUGGGACCCAUCUGUGUAUGACAACGAGCUCCCGGUGAGGUGCCGGAACAUCAGUGGGAUUCUGUACAAAAACAGACUCGGCUCCGGAGGCCGUGGUAGGUGCAUUAAGCAAGGGGACAACUGGUAUAGCCCCACUGAAUUUGAAGCUAUGGCAGGACGAGCCAGCAGCAAAGACUGGAAGAGGAGCAUUCGCUAUGCUGGGAGGCCCUUGCAGUGCCUUAUUCACGAUGGGAUUUUAAAUCCUCACGCUGCCUCUUGUACUUGUGCUGCCUGCUGUGAUGACAUGACUCUGAGUGGACCUAUUCGACUCUUUGUACCAUAUAAACGACGAAAAAAAGAAAAUGAAAUGUCUGCAAAUCCAGUCAAGAAGGAAUCCUCCAAAAAUAUCACUCUGCUUCCUGCCACAGCUGCUACUACAUUCACCGUGACUCCUUCUGGACAGAUCACUACCUCUGGUGCUCUCACCUUUGACCGCACGUCGACGGUGGAAGCCACAGCAAUUAUCUCAGAGAGUCCGGCCCAGGGGGAUGUUUUCACAGGAACCACUGUUCAGGAUACCAACGUCCAGCAGCCGUGCCGGGUCACUCACCCAGAGCCUCACUACCCAACUUACCAGGACAACUGUCAGAUUUCACCUUUCCCUGAAGCAGCGCUGCCGACAUCUCAUCCCAAAAUCGUGUUGACUCCAAUCCCUGCCCUGUCGGUGCCCCCCCAGACCCCCACCAAAGCCAUAUCCCCAUCAGUGGUGAACGGGCUGGAAGUGACGGAACAGCGGAGCUGGCUCUACUUGGAAGAGAUGGUCAACUCGCUGCUCAACACGGCACAGCAGCUCAAGUCUCUCAUCGAGCAGGCCAAGCAGGCCAGUUCCUCCUUCCGUGAGGCUGCUGUCACACAAGCCAAGAUUCAAGCUGAUGUGGAGAGAAAAGAGUGCAGACAGUCAGCAUCCUGUUUCUUGAGGAUAUUGAGUUGAAGAGCUUUUGAUCCUGUAACUGUCUACAUUCCCUUCCUGCUAAGGAACGAUGCCUUCUGGCAGAAGAGCGAGGCAGAGGGCUCAGGACAGCACAGCCUUUACCUGCCCUUCAGAGAAAGUGGCCCCAAGUUGUACUCUCUAAUGAUAGCAUUAGGUGCUUGUGGGAGUUACAGAGCUCUGAAAGGUAAGAGAUAAGCUUUUUCCCCAAGCUUUCCUAGAGCAGAAGAGGCAUUUGUGCUGCCUGCAGACUUUUGUCAUUACCUGUGAAGUCAAAGAGCAGGUAUCACUCUUUCAUCCUGCUCCCACUUUCUAAUGGUGUUAUCCAGGACUGUUCAGUGGGGUAUUAGAAACAUUCCCCUUUUCUACAAGAUUUUAAAGGUGAAAAUGCCAACAUCAGAGUGUAGCUGCGACAGGAAGAGGAUUUGCUAAAAGUAGCAAAUGAGAACCAUAAUAAAUUAUAAGUGCAGCAUAAUUUAGAAGCAUCAACAGUCACAUUUCUUUCUUAAGAUGGCUUGUCUAAUUAAUUUUGCAGAUUUAUUGCAUUUCCAAAUGCAUUGUUCUACCUAGAGACAGCAUCUUCAAAGCAACAGAGGUGCUGAGUUGGGAAGCUUUGAGUAUUUAGGGUUGGGCUGCACAGAAGUGGAAUAUAAAAGCCUGUCUUUGUAUAAGAUUAGAAAAAAUAUCCAAAAAUACACUUGUCAGAUGUAAAAGAAUUGAAGACAUGAGAUGUUGCAAUUUGGAACUCCCCACAUGUGCUCUAUUACUAUUUUUUGUCCUUUCUAAUUUCUGUAUGUAACAUAACAAAGGAUCAGGGUAGGGUCUCUGGGUAAAAGAAGUUGUAGAAAGGCACCAACUAGUAAAGUCCUUGAAAUAUGUACAAUUUGCAACCCCAAAAUCUACAGUUCCAGCAUUUGUGAGAAUAUCUCCUUUGCGAUCAUUUCUUUUA